UGACAGGAGGCGGCCGCUGCAGCUGCUGCGGUUCUUCACCUGACGACAACCAGCAGGUCGACACCGACACCGACACGCACACGGGAGGAGGUUCUAAAGCACCAUGCUGCCGGACAAAGACGGUCCAGGUAUCGGAGGAGGACAGAGGAGCUCUCCUGAAGGAGAGGACCCGUCUGUCAGUCUGUUCAGAGAGUACCUCCGCCUCAAGACCGUCCACCCGGAGCCCGACUACGACGCCGCUCUUAGAUUCCUGGACAGAAUAGCGGAGGAGCUGAGGCUGCCAAUGAAAAAGAUCGAGGUCUGUCCAGGCAGAGUCGUGUCCAUCAUGACAUGGGAAGGGACAAAGCCCACCCUUAAAUCCAUCCUACUCAAUUCCCACACAGACGUAGUGCCUGUGUACCAGGAACAUUGGAAAUACGAUGCUUUCAGUGCUUUCAAAGAUGCAGAGGGCAACAUUUAUGCCCGGGGAACACAGGACAUGAAAUGUGUAACUAUACAAUACAUCCAAGCAAUCAGGAGGCUGAUGGCAGAUGGAUGGAAACCGAUACGCACUGUGCAUUUAAUGUUUGUUCCCGAUGAGGAGGUUGGUGGUCAUAAGGGGAUGGAAACAUUUGUGAAGCACCCAGAGUUCCAGAAAUUGAACAUUGGCUUUUCCCUCGAUGAAGGUCUGGCCAAUCCUGGCGAUGCCUUCACUGUGUUUUAUGGGGAGAGGAACCCCUGGUGGAUUACAGUCCACUGCCCUGGCAGUCCUGGUCACGGCUCCAGAUUUGUGGAGAAUACAGCUGCUGAGAAGCUGCGGCAUGUGAUAAACUCCUUCCUGGACUUCAGAGAAAAAGAGAAACACAGGUUAAACACCAGCGAGUGUUUCACACUUGGCGACGUCACAACCGUGAAUAUGACCAUGGUGAAAGGAGGCGUGGCCUACAACGUCAUCCCUGCUGAAAUGGAUGUCAGCUUUGACCUGAGAAUUCCUCCGACGGUGAACCUGCCGGAGUUUGAAGCAAAAAUAAAAGAGUGGUGCACAGAGGCGGGAGAGGAUGUCACUUACGAAUUUGCUCAGAAACACAUGAAUCAGAACAUCACAUCAACAGAAGAGAGUGAUCCGUGGUGGAGUGCCUUCAGCGCUUCAUGCAAAGCAAUGAACAUGACUUUGGAAAAGGAGAUUUUUCCAGCCGCCACAGAUAGCCGCUUCAUCCGAGCAGUGGGUAUUCCUGCUAUCGGCUUUUCUCCAAUGAACCGGACUCCGAUCCUGCUGCACGAUCACAACGAGUUCCUGAACGAGCAAGUCUUCCUGAAAGGCAUCAGCGUGUACGAGAAGCUCAUCCCAGCUCUCGUCAGCGUUCCUGCCUUUCCCGACGAGGCUUAGAAAAGCCCUCAUUUUUAAUCCUCUCUAAAACACAUUUUACCUACGAUGAUAUUCACCUUGAGGAACUUGCACAAAUUACCAAAGAAUAUCAUGGAUAUGAUUAGCCAAACGGAGCACUUAGCCUUUGAUACUGUUGAUUUUUUUAUGAUUCUCAGGAUAUAGUCACGCUGAGUUUUCCAUUACUCAAUGUUGGUUUUAACAGCAUAUUUACUGUAUGUCAGCAUUGUUGAUUGAGUGCGUGUGUAGUCUUAAAAAAUGAUCAUGUAAACCAUGUUUUUCUCUAGUGUUGAAAAAUCAACCUACUAAAAUGUGAAAAUGACAUCAACUCUUCUAUUAAACAGUCACCUUAUUGCCACUUUUUAAAUUGAGCUAAAUGUUGAAUCAAGAGAUAAAAUAUUUAUUAAA